CCAAAAGGAACUAAAUACCUUGACACUGACAUGUAACCAACCUUAAAGUUAAUUUUGUUGUGAUAAACAACGAAUAGUUUAGUUUUUCUAGAUAUUUGCCAAAAUGAAACUAGAAUAAUCAAUUAUUUAUGCAUGCAAACUAUAUAAUUUCUUAGUGACAUCAAUAAUUUUCAUCUUAAAGCAAAAUGAAAACGUUUCGCUUAAUUGUACAUCAAAGAACAUUCAGUGAUGAAGAUUUACUAAUUAAUAUUGCUGAUUAUGCUGAAGCCAAAGAGGGUGAUGUGGUGGAGAUCUACCACGCCAAUGAGGAGGACAAUCCUAGGCUACUUUUGCAGGUCAAGUCAAUGAAAGAAGAACUGCAGUCAAAGGUGGCCAAAGACACAAUCAGCAUUGAACAAAGUCUUGCUUCCACAUUUAAGUUACGACAAUUCAGUUGUGUGAAUGUAGCAAUUGUAAAUCCUGGAGAAGUUGCCUUAGAUUCUGUGGAAUUAACUUUCAAAGAUCAAUAUAUGGGCAGAUCUGAGAUGUGGAGGCUAAAGAAUAGUCUUACAAACACUUGUGCUUAUAUCAAUAAAAAGUUGGAAUUUUGUGGAGGCGCCGUGCGAUGUCAAGUCUAUGAAAUGUGGUCACAGGGCGAUCGUGUUGCCUGUGGUGUGAUUACCGACGAUACAAAAGUUGUUUUCAGAUCAUCAACUUCAAUGGUUUACUUAUUUUUACAAAUGAGCACCGAAAUGUGGGACUUUGAUAUCCACGGAGAUCUUUACUUUGAAAAGGCUGUCAAUAGCUUCCUAACAGAUUUAUUUACAAAAUGGAAGAAAAACGGAAGUAAUCACGAAGUUACCAUUGUGUUAUUUUCACGAACCUUUUACGAAGCAAACUCGUUGGAUGAGUUUCCAUUAUCAAUGCGAGAAUGUCUACAGAAAGAUUACAAAGGGCGGUAUUAUGAAGACUUUUAUCGAGUGGUCAUACAAAACGAGAGAUACGAUGAUUGGAGUGUUGUUCUCGUCCAGCUUAGACGAGUUUUCUCUGAAUAUCGCAAACUUGUUCUGGAAUACCAUGCCAAAGAUGACGUGAUUAUUCCUAAAGCUACUAACAGUACAGCUGCACAAGGAAAUUUUCUUGAAGUUCUGAAUAUGUCGUUAAAUGUGUUCGAGAAACAUUAUCUAGAUAGAAGUUUUGACCGUACUGGUCAACUCAGCGUUGUGAUAACUCCGGUUGGAGUUUUUGAAGUUGAUCGAGAAUUAACUAAUAUAACCAAGCAACGGAUAAUUGAUAAUGGCGUUGGGAGUGAUUUGGUUUGCGUUGGUGAACAACCAUUACAUGCAGUACCAUUACUUAAGUUUCAUAAUAAAGACACUCAUCUAAACGUGCCAGAUGAUUAUUCAAUGCCGCAUUGGAUCAAUCUAUCGUUUUAUUCAACAAAUAAAAAGAUAGCUUACUCUAGUUUUGUACCACGCAUUAAAGUACCACCGAUGAUGGAUAAUUAUUCCGAUCAGGAUGAUUUUAGUAUAUGUAAUUUGGUGCCAGAUGAGGAAUAUAUUCAUAAUUCGUAUUUUGAUUACGAUGCGUAUGAUGCGCAGGUUUUUCAACUUCCAACAUUACAUUCUGUGCAUGAUUGUUAUAGUAAACAUGGAAAAUACAAACGCACAUGCGGAACACUAUUGGAUCCAGCGGAGAGAUUCCGUCGCCGCAAAAUGUCAGAUCCUGAUAUUCAGCAUUCAACGAUUUCCAGUAGUAAUAACAAUCGGUCUCAGCCAAUAACAAUCGCACCGGCAAUAAGUCCACUGGUAUCACCACAAGAAGACAAACCUUGGAAUCUUCAACAAGAAAGAGAACUGUCACCUCCAUUACGUAUGGUCGUAGGCUCAGAGGGUUCACCACCAUUGGAAUCAAGAGCUUUAAUAAAUCCAUUUGAUCCAUCACAUGUUACCAUUAAACUUACAAGCAAUCGUCGUCGUUGGACGCACAUUUUCCCCAAAGGACCAACUGGCGUGUUGAUUCAACAACAUCACUAUCAAGCUGUCCCGGCAAACCAAUCAGAAGCGACCGUUGGUAGUUUAAACAACGGAAGUGAUUAUGAGCAUUCACCGGAGAGAAAUCGCAAUGGUAGUACCAUGGGAUCACAUAUGUACCAACGAAGUCUUUCAAGUGCUGUUUUACAAGAAUAUUGUAAAAAACGCUCUGGAAACACACCGAGCUCACAUUCCACUACGAAAUAUCCAUCACGGACUUUAACUUUCCUUUGGGGUGCUACCGGUGAACAGGAAUGGACGCCAGCGUUAACCACCGCCGUCAACGACGUCCUCAUAGGAGUGGAUUGGAAGAGUUUAACCAUUUCGGCUUGUUUACCAAUCACAACGGAUUACUUCCCGGAUAAACGCUCAUUGCAAAUUGAUUACGUUGAAUCACUUUACAGUCUGCUCCCGGAUGAUGUCAAUGCUGAAUAUGCUCAAAAGCGGGCGAUUUAUAAAAAACCUCUAACAACUGCUGAAGUCUUCAAAGAGUUAAUUUCGCAGCGAUUGGCGCAAGGUUUUCAGUUAGUUAUCAUGCCGCCUGUCGUAGAACGCGAGCAGAGUUUACAACGUACCACAUCCAGCGCAAGUGGAUCCUUAUUACGAAAACGCGGAUCCGAAUCAAGCGAGUCUUAUGUCCUAAGCAUCGGCCGACUGUUUCAUAAAAUCGCCCUUAUUGGAAACAGUAUUUCUGUCACACGGUACCGCCCAAGACAUCCGUAUCCCGGGUUUAAUUUUCAAUACAGAUACAGAUUCUAUGCGCCAUAUCACGAGACAUACGAAGAAUCAUAUUCGACUUUUACAACAGAAAAGUUGGAACAUUUCAACUGGAAUUACAUGGAUCAUUAUAUCUGCACACGUGGUGAUACUGACUAUGUGCUUGAUGAUGGGUUGAAAUUCUGGAGGUUUAGGAUUUGUAUGAUACCGUUAAACAACGCAGCGACGAAACGUAUCAUUGAAGGGGCACCAAAUUGUGAUAUCUACAACAUGGCGAGUCCGACUGAUCACCAACAGAUCUGCGAAGGAUUCCUGAAGUUCAUCGAAACGGUGGUAAACAAAUUCAAACGCGCCGGUAUUACCAAGAAGCCAAGGAUGUCAAUAAGCGUUGCCAUGGGCCAGCACUCUCUGCCCCUGCCCUUAUUUGUCCAGCCGAGGCGCAAUAGCAUGAGCGCAGUUCUAACUUUGCAGAAUGCAGGUCAAACGAAUUCGCCGUUCCGAGAACGCUUGGGAAGUAAUCGACUACCGGAUCGUCCUCGCCCAAGGUCUGGUUCAAAAGUUAUGGAACGCGGACGCGUGUCACCCGCAGUGGACUUUCAACAACUUGAAAAUCAAAGUUUUGAAAACGAAGAUAGUAGUAAUCAGGAACCUAUUUUGAAGUCAGGAGCAACCAAUCAAGAAAUCCUAGACGCGAUGAAACAACCCAUCACGGGGGUUGGUUUCCUUACGAUGCAUCAAAGUCUCCCGACCGCUACAUUUGUGUCUGCAGAUGCCGCGAAUUGGUUGUUGACUCGUAUGGAAGGUGUAAACUCGGUUGAAGCCGCCUGUCAGAUUUUAGUCGGAAUGCAGUAUGAAAAACUUAUCUGUCACGCAUCCGGAGACUUCAAAAAGCCUUUCCUCUACGGGUUUUACCUCUACUACAUCGUGAACGUGGAUACUGAUGAUAAGGAUUACUGCGCGCCGCUAGGUGACUUGAAGAGUUUCGAAAAUGAAUGGGUUGAAGUCGAAGUGCGACCGGCGUUAAAUUGGGGAAUGACUCCUAGCAGUCCAACUACCGCUAAUUCUUUUGAUGAAGAACCCGGUGUACCACACUUUUUGUGUGAUGAUAUCUGCAGUAUGUAUCAACAAAUUGAUAUUGAUGUGGGUUCUACUUCGCCUUUUAAAAGCACACAUCUUGAAAUUGAUUUGUUAAACAAGAGCGACCGCGUAGAAUGGGGACACGCGAAGUAUCAAACCGUUUUUAGACCCGAUCAAGCAUUCGAGAUGGUUGUUGAGUGGUUGAAUGCAUCGGGAUCUAUUGUACAUGAACUUCUCUAUGGUUGGUCACGCAAAGCGCAGCAAAACUGUGGCUUACAGAUGAUUCCUAUACCGCAUGACCCGCUAGCUCUGCCAUACUCGAACAAAUCGGAUCCAUUACGAGGACCAAUCUUCAUCCCGUUGAAUAUUAAAUGUUUGGAAGGCGCCGAUCGUAUUUUUAAGGAAUUCCGCGAAGAAACCACGCUCGAGCGCAUCUUCUUACUACAGGAGGCUAUUGUAGCCAAGUUUGGGUUUAUACAGUGUCUGAUGGAACCGCAAAACACCGCUGCGACUCAAGAGCAUCAGUAUAUUCAUUGUACCGGGACUGUUUUCGUUCUGGUCACCAGUCCGGCUCCCAAGCAGAGGCGUUUGAUGAGUAUGAGCCACGCCACGAAAGUAAAGUACUCUGAGCACUUGGACGUUGUUCCCAGCCCUCACGAGGCUUAUAUUACGCGUCACGUCAGCGGGAAGAAUAAAGAUGAUUACGAUAACUCGCGUAAGAUGGGUUUUCUGUGGGCAUGGAAUCACAUGGUGAGCAAACGCUGGAGGACCAAUCCCACAGUCGAUAACAAUUUCCAGUUGAAAUUGAUGCGCGACUUCAAGGAAUUUUGUGCCAACAAAGACAAUCGCCUCAAAACUUAUUGGGACGAUUGCUGGCAAGCCAAAGAACAAGCGUGUACUGUCAUGAACAGAAGCACCACUAGUUCACAAGUCAUCCAAGCAUAAUUAGAAUUAAACUAUUAAGGAUGUGAAAUCAUUUUGAAUUUUAUAAGCAAUUGUAUUUCUCAUGAUUAUUGAAUAUUAAAAUGGAAAAAAACUAAA